CACACUGUUACUUACUGCGCGGUUUCUGGUUAAUCGCUCAGACCGGAACUCGUUUCGAAAAUCUCAAGGGUGUUCCUGUACCCAUAGAAGCUCGUCAAGACGCCUCACAGCAUAGUAGAUGGCGUUUCGCACCGCCAGCGUGCCAGCGUGCCUUUUGGUGUUGGGGGCUUCAGCAAAGGGGGCGUAUGACCACUUCUACGGACUGCACCAGUCUGUGGAGAAGCUCAAGGAGAAGGGCGCGGAGACAGAAAAGAUGGUUGCGCUAGAGCUUCAACCUCUAAGCCUCAGGGUCGGCAUCCUUCAGGCCGACAUGCACCAGGUUAAGGCCGACAUGCGCCAGAUCAAGGAAGACAUGCACCAGCUCAAGGCCGAAAUGCACCAGAUCAAGGCCGACAUGGUGAAGAUCCUAGAGUUUAGUAUUAAGAAGGAGUAAAUAUCCGGUGGCCAGCAGCAGCAACAACAACACAACAUGGUCGCCAGCAGCAUUGCGUUGGUGUGAGGUGGAGCUGUGCUGGCUGGGGCUGUAUGGCCUGGGGCCGGGGGUUGAGCCGGACUGUGAUAGGAAUGAGUUGGACACAGAGGAGGAACCGUGCAACGCCGUUGCGGGUGUCUGACACUGCCGCAGCUUCUCAGGCAGG